AUGUCUCGACUAUUCAUAACCGGCGCUACAGGCUACAUCGGUGGCCAGGUGCUACACUCUGUCCGCCAUGCACACCCCAACAUCGAAAUCACAGCUCUCGUCCGCAGCGAGAGUAAAGCAAAGACAAUCAGUGAUGCACUUCCUGGUGUCAAAAUCACGUUGGGCGAUUUGGAGAAUGACGGGUUGAUCGAGGAGCAGGCUGCGAAGGCUGAUAUUAUCAUCAACGCGGCCAGUUCGAAGCAUAUCCAGAGCGUCAAGGCGAUCGCGAGGGGAAUUGAAAGAAGACAGAAACCCGUCUACUGGCUCCAAAUCUCCGGCGCCAGCGUCCUCUCCUUCCCCGAGAUCGAAGCUAAAGUCUACGGUGAACCAUCCGACAAGAUCUACGGCGAUGUUAGCAAUAUCCAAGACAUCAAGGAGCUAAUCAGCAAGUACUCGUCUGCUCGAGUCGUCGAUAACUUCAUCUUGAGCUUGAAUAAGCAGAACGUCAAGACGGCGCUGAUCUUCCCGCCUAUCAUCUACGGCGUUGGACAGGGACCGGUCAAUCAGAGGAGUAUUCAGAUUCCGGAACUGGCUCGCCUGGGGAUGCAGAAUGGAGAGGUUAUUCAGGUUGGAAAGGGGGCGAGUCGGUGGAGUAAUGUGCACAUUGGGGAUGUGGGGGAUUUGUUUGCCCGGUUGACUGACAAGGCACUGGCUGGAGAUGAGAAUGAGCAGUUGUGGAAUGGAAAUGGGAUUUACUUUCCUGAAAAUGGGCUCCGACCAUUCGGAGAGAUUUCGCAGUUGGUGGCCAACGCAGCUGUCAAGAGCGGAUCUAUCCAGAAUGAUCAGGUCAAGUCUGUGUCUCAUGCCGAGGCGGAUGGUUUGAUGGGCCAUGGAGGCGUGCUUUGGGGGACCAAUGCAGCCUUGAAGGGAGAGAGAGCGAGAAAGUAUCUGGACUGGAAGCCGCAGGGAGAGACAUUGGAGGAGAACAUCCCCAAGACGGUGCAGUUGGAGAAGAGCAAACUGUAG